AUGUCAGACCAGGACUCUCCAGAGCAAUCACCGAACCCUCCAGAACAGGUGGACACUCUUAUCGAUAGAGACCAUGGCCGCCGGUACUGGGAGGGUGUUGAGGCGACUGUAAACGGCAUGCUGGGCGGCUUCCCACAUGUCUCUCGCGUCGAUCUGCAGGGAUCAAAGAACUUUCUAGCUAAGCUUGGUUUUGGAAAUAAGCCGGGGAAACGCGUUGCUCAAACUGCUCUGGAAGGAGGGGCUGGCAUCGGGCGCGUGACGGAAGGCUUGCUCCUCAGCGGCAUUGCGGAGCAGGUCGAUGUCAUCGAGCCCAUUGCUAAAUUCACCGAGGGGCUGAAGGGCAAGCCGGGCGUGAGAAACAUCUUUAACAUGGGCCUCGAAGACUGGGAACCGGAAGAAGGCGUACAGUACGACCUGAUCUGGAUCCAGUGGUGCGUAGGUCAUCUUACAGAUGCCCAGCUUGUGGGUUUCCUGGAGCGUUGCAAGAGUGUAUUGAACCCGGAGUGGGGCUUGAUUGUCGUCAAGGAGAACAACAGCACGUCAGGAGGAGACGACUUCGAUGAGACCGACAGUUCCGUCACUAGGGAGGAUGCCUCGUUCCGACGCAUCUUUGAGCAGGCAGGCCUACGCCUUAUUAAGGUUGAACUUCAAAAAGGCUUCCAUGUCGCACCGAUAGCCCUCCUGCCUGUCAGGAUGUACGCACUGAAGCCGGUGCAACAGUAG